GACUCCUGGGGGCGGGGCGAGGCCUUGGAGAUGCGUCCGGAGGCGGUGGGGAGUGAAGACUGACCCGGGGCCGUGACGCGGGGGCAGGCCCUGGGGCGGGGGCGGGUCCUGGGGACUGGGGCGGGUCCUGGGGACUGGGGCGGGCGGCCGAGGCCCGGAAGCGGACUGAGGCGGCCUGGAGUCUUAGUUGGCUACUCGCCAUGGACGAAGCGGAUCGGCGGCUCCUGCGGCGGUGCCGGCUGCGGCUGGUGGAAGAGCUGCAGGUGGACCAGCUCUGGGACGCCCUGCUGAGCCGCGAGCUGUUCAGGCCCCAUAUGAUCGAGGACAUCCAGCGGGCAGGCUCUGGAUCUCGGCGGGAUCAGGCCAGGCAGCUGAUCAUAGAUCUGGAGACUCGAGGGAGUCAGGCUCUUCCUUUGUUCAUCUCCUGCUUAGAGGACACAGGCCAGGACAUGCUGGCUUCGUUUCUGCGAACUAACAGGCAAGCAGCAAAGUUGUCGAAGCCAACCCUAGAAAACCUUACCCCAGUGGUGCUCAGACCAGAGAUUCGCAAACCAGAGGUUCUCAGACCGGAAACACCCAGACCAGUGGACAUUGGUUCUGGAGGAUUCGGUGAUGUCGGUGCUCUUGAGAGUUUGAGGGGAAAUGCAGAUUUGGCUUACAUCCUGAGCAUGGAGCCCUGUGGCCACUGCCUCAUUAUCAACAAUGUGAACUUCUGCCGUGAGUCCGGGCUCCGCACCCGCACUGGCUCCAACAUCGACUGUGAGAAGUUGCGGCGUCGCUUCUCCUCGCUGCAUUUCAUGGUGGAGGUGAAGGGCGACCUGACUGCCAAGGAAAUGGUGCUGGCUUUGCUGGAGCUGGCGCGGCAGGACCACGGUGCUCUGGACUGCUGCGUGGUGGUCAUUCUCUCUCACGGCUGUCAGGCCAGCCACCUGCAGUUCCCAGGGGCUGUCUACGGCACAGAUGGAUGCCCUGUGUCGGUCGAGAAGAUUGUGAACAUCUUCAAUGGGACCAGCUGCCCCAGCCUGGGAGGGAAGCCCAAGCUCUUUUUCAUCCAGGCCUGUGGUGGGGAGCAGAAAGACCAUGGGUUUGAGGUGGCCUCCGCUUCCCCUGAAGACGAGUCCCCUGGCAGUAACCCCGAGCCAGACGCCACCCCGUUCCAGGAAGGUUUGAGGACCUUCGACCAGCUGGACGCCAUAUCUAGUUUGCCCACACCCAGUGACAUCUUUGUGUCCUACUCUACUUUCCCAGGUUUUGUUUCCUGGAGGGACCCCAAAAGUGGCUCCUGGUACGUUGAGACCCUGGACGACAUCUUUGAGCAGUGGGCUCACUCUGAAGACCUGCAGUCCCUCCUGCUUAGGGUCCCCAGGUUGACACCUCCCGCUCCUCCACUGAUGGAGCUGGUCCUCAGUGCCAGCGCAGGAUGGCUCUGUCCAGACCCUGAAGGUCGCUAAUGCUGUUUCGGUGAAAGGGAUUUAUAAACAGAUGCCUGGUUGCUUUAAUUUCCUCCGGAAAAAACUUUUCUUUAAAACAUCAUAAGGCCAGGGCCCCUCACCCUGCCUUAUCUUGCACCCCAAAGCUUUCCUGCCCCAGGCCUGAAAGAGGCUGAGGCCUGGACUUUCCUGCAACUCAAGGACUUUGCAGCCGGCACAGGGUCUGCUCUUUCUGCCAGUGACAGACAGGCUCUUAGCAGCUUCCAGAUCGACGACAAGUGCUGAACAGUGGAGGAAGAGGGACAGAUGAAUGCCGUGGAUUGCACGUGGCCUCUUGAGCAGUGGCUGGUCCAGGGCUAGUGACUUGUGUCCCAUGAUCCCUGUGUUGUCUCUAGAGCAGGGAUUAACCUCUGCACUACUGACAUGUGGGGCCAGGUCACCCUUUGCUGUGAGGCUGUCCUGUACAUUGUGGGAUGUUCAGCACUGUCCCUCGCCUCAAUGCCAGUAACGCGUCUUCCUGAGUGGUGCCAAACAAAAAGGUUCUCAGGUGUUGCCAAAUAUGUCCUGGGGUAUAAAACUUUCCUCGCCUGACAACCACUGGUCUGUAGGGAUUUUUGGCUACACACAAACCAGUAUCUCUCAUAGAUCAGCAAGCCGGGGCCUACUAGAGUCUGAACAGCUGUAAUCUAUGAAUUCUAAGUGAAAGUUUAAAAAUUGUUAAUUUUUCCUAUAUUGCAUUAAUUUUAAAAAAUAAAUCUGAGGCAAAUA